AUGGAGGAAACCAGACAACCAAGUGGAAAGCGCCCAAAGCUUUUGGAUGGAGAGCAAAACAUGGCCUCGAUCGAUAGGCUCAGCAACUUGCCGGAUGUCGUCCUAUGUCACAUUCUCUCUUUUCUCCGGACAAAGCUCUCAGUGGCGACCAGCGUUCUCGGAAAAAGAUGGAGGUUUCUAUGGACCCAUGUACCCUGUUUGGACUUCAACUGGGACGAUUUUAGGAAACGAACAAAAACCUCAGACAUCAUCCAUAGGGUUAUAUUGCGGCACAAGGCAAAUCGAAUGAAUACAUUAAAACUCGAUUGCAUCCAAUGCAACGAGUAUCAACUGGAGACAUUGAUUACAACUGCCAUCGACCGUGGUAUCCGUAAUCUUUAUCUUGAACGUAACUUGGAUACAUCCCUUCAAUACCUCUUCAACUGCAAAACCAUUGUUGACUUGAAGCUUGAUAUCAAUAGAGUGUCAUUCUUUCAUGUGGACAAUGUCUCUUUGCCUAGCCUCAAGAAGUUUCAUGUUUUUUAUGUUGUGUGCGAGAAUGAUGAAGCCCUCUCUCACUUUCUUUCCGGCUGUCCGUCCCUUGAGGAGUUGGAUAUGGGAUUCACAUAUGUGGAAGAAAAUGAUUAUGUGGGCUGCAUAAAUAUAUCAUCACCCACAAUAAAGACGCUAAAGCUCGAUCUUGACGAUUUGACUUGUUGUCCAUCUGACCUUAAAUAUAGGAUGAUGAUAAUCAAUGCCCCGACACUUAGGUAUCUCCAAGUUUAUGGCUGUGACUUGGAGUGUAUAAUAGUUCCUAAAACCAUGGUCUCCUUAGUCGAGGCGGAUAUCUACUUACACAGUUACAAUUCCAAGUUGGUGAAGUUUCUUCAUUCUCUGUGCUAUGUAAAGUGCCUAACAAUAUCAGGUUGGGAAUUUGAGGAGUUUGUUCAUGGAGGAGUUGCUUUUUCAGAUGUAAAGUUUGAUAAUUUAAUUAAACUUGAACUCCAAUUGGACUUCAAAUGGAGUUUGCUUGUAAAGUUCCUUGAAGUUGCUGAUAAUCUUGAAGUCCUUAUUUGUCAGCAGGAUUAUCAUGAAAGGGGAUAUUUGUGUCCGGAGCCAGAACAAGUACCUAAAUGUCUAUUAUCCCGCCUAAGAACUAUAACAAUUUCGGGGAUGCAGUCCGAAGAGCACGAAUUUGAUAUGGUGAAAUAUCUUUUGAAGAAUUCCCGAGUAUUGGAGAGGAUGAAACUAUUUUAUGUACGUAUUGAUCUGAAAACGAAAUUCCAAGCGCUUAAGAGAAUUUCCUUGUUUGAGCGAGGAUCCGAUGUAUGUCAGCUUGAUUUCCUUCCGGAUUGCUGA